CGUACGCAAGGCAAUGUUCGUUUAGUCUUGCCUCGCAUCUCCAAUAAUCGUGAGAUCGUUGGCUCGAUCUGAAUCGAAAAUUCAUCUUCACUGUCAUCAAUUAAUCCGUAUCACAUUUCGACAAGCACGACGUGGAAGAAUAAUCCGAAAAAAAACGAUGAUUUGAGAAUAACCGCGCGAAGUAGCAUGCGAUUUGACGACACAAAACGAUCAUGGAAAACGAGACGCCUCGUCGUCCGCAUUACGAAAAAAUGUAUAUUAUUACAAGUCCUCGUUAUGGCAAUAGUUUACUUGCAAAUGCGCGGUGUCGAAGCGGAGUUCACGAACCUGGGUCAAGGAAUUGUCGAUCUGCUGGAAAGCACAGGAAUGCACGAGGAGCCAACUGGAGUCACCCCGAAAAAGAGUCGUUGUGGAUACAAUGGAACAACUGCUUAUGAGAUUGGUGAAGCUGCAUUACUUACGGCAAACACGAUAACGCUCUUUCCUCAUGGUUUUCCACAAGAUUUCUCCAUCCUCAUAGUGGCGAAGCCGAAACUCGAUUCUCCUGCAUCAACAUUGUUCACUGUAUACAGUGACAACGGUGAAGAACAAUUGGUAGUUUCACUGGGAAACGAUGUUACACUUUUGUAUAACACGGUGCUCGAUGAAAUUCUCAAUCCAAUUUCAUUUGGUAUCAACGUUGCUGACGGCAACUGGCAUAGAUUGGGAUUCAGCUUGAAAGGCGAUGCUGUGACCCUUAUCACUGAUCAAGAAACACAAAUUACACGUGAACUCCGAAGGGAUACAACAACAACGAUAACUACUAGUGGAAUUAUAAUAAUUGGGCAACAACUUGUCGAUGGAUAUUUGUACAUGGGUGAAAUUGAGAUGCUCAAGAUUGCGCCGACCCCCGAUUCUGCGUAUGAAAUUACGACUGUUUUCGCUCCCGAUUGUGAAUCAAGAUCAGGGAGAUUCAACGUUUCCGCGGCGACGUUUUCGACUAUUCAUAUUCCGCCCGGUGAAGAGUCGCUGGAGUACGAGCGGCGUUCACGGCAAAGGUAUGGUUCGUCGAUACGAAAUUUGACUGGCAGCUUUGAUGAUCGAGUUUCGCGAAACGCUACGAGAGUUUCGUUUGACGCUGAUUAUGACGACGAAGAUGAACUUACCGAAGGUCCUACGGCGGAAGAUGACGAUGACGAAGAAUAUGCUACCGGUGAACCAAACAUUGAGACCAAUCCACUUCCGACCGCUUCACAUGCCUUUUCUGCGAUACGAGGCAGUUUUAUUCACUCGGGAGCAGCGUCACUUCCGGAUUAUUCUACGAUCACAUCGUACGAGGGGGAAGAGCAGGAUGGUAAAUUACCGACGGACUCGCCUUCGAUCUCGAGUAGUGAGGGAUCGUACUAUACGAAUUAUGGGUACUACAAUGUCCGUGGUCCGUCAGGACCUCGAGGCUUUCCUGGGCCUCCUGGAGUCCCCGGAGUUCAAGGCCAAAAGGGAGAACCAGGUCGUGAUGGACUCGGAGGAACGGAGGGUGCUCCAGGACCACCGGGCCACGUGUUUAUGAUUCCAUUGAACCAGCAGGGCAACGAAAAAGGACCGGACGCGCAGGCAGAUAUGCUUAGACAAUUGUUGUCGCAACACAUGCUGGCAAUGCGAGGUAUAGAAGGACCGAUGGGACUCACCGGUGUUUCCGGACCGGACGGUCCACCGGGACCACAGGGACAAAAAGGCGACCCUGGUGACAUUGGAGAACCUGGGCCUCGAGGGGAAGCAGGUCCAAUAGGAAAUCCUGGGCGUGAAGGAAAACGAGGUAGACCUGGGAGAGACGGUGAUCGAGGGGUUACUGGACAACGCGGUGUAAAGGGUGAACAGGGACUGCCAGGGUUGCCUGGUUUACCGGGUGAUAAAGGUGAAAGAGGAUCUACUGGUGCCGUUGGAGAGCAAGGAUUACCAGGUCACGAAGGCUUACAAGGUGAUGAUGGUCCACCCGGAUUAGUCGGUUUGCCAGGAGAAAUGGGGCCAAGAGGCUUUGUGGGUCCACGAGGAUUUCCUGGUUUACCUGGCAAUCCUGGAAUUCCAGGAAGUGAAGGACCACCUGGCCCGAAAGGCAGUACUGGAUCACUGGGACCACCGGGACAAGCCGGACAAAAUGGCCCUACAGGACCUGUUGGGCCUCCUGGUCCUCAAGGGCCUUUAGGACCAACUGGCUUAGUUGGGCCUCAAGGCAAACCUGGUAUUCCAGGUCUCCCUGGAGCAGAUGGGUCUCCAGGACAUCCAGGGAAUCCUGGUGGCCCAGGAAUGAAGGGUGAUCAAGGUCUGCAGGGGCCUCAGGGUGCGAUAGGCUUUCCUGGAGUUCGUGGAAUGAAAGGGGAUGAAGGUAAACGCGGCGCAGCCGGAGAUCGCGGUGAUAAGGGUGAACCAGGCUCGGAAGGUGAUAAGGGAGAUAUGGGGGCCAAAGGGGAAGUAGGACCUCCCGGACCCCAAGGUAUUCCUGGUCUGGAAGGACUCGAAGGCAUGAAAGGAAUGGAAGGCCCACGUGGUGAAACUGGGUCAACUGGUCCACCUGGUGAGAAAGGAAAAAUUGGGAUUCCUGGCUUCCCUGGAUACCCGGGCAACAUUGGAGACAAGGGUGACAAAGGACAAACCGGUCGGCAAGGAUCAGUGGGUGAUAAAGGAGAAAGAGGGCAUGCGGGAUCACCUGGAGAACGCGGAGAAGUCGGUCCACGGGGAUUUAGAGGAGCCCGAGGUAGAAGAGGAUCUGAAGGAACGCCUGGGCCAAAAGGUGAUACUGGCCAACCAGGAAGCCCAGGACCCCAAGGCGAACAGGGAUUACCGGGGAUAGAAGGACCGCGGGGAUUCGCCGGUCCUCCAGGUCCAGCUGGGCUCGAUGGGAAAGAUGGAAUUGCUGGGCCUCCUGGUGAGCGUGGUCCUGUAGGGGAAUCCGGUCCUCCCGGGCCAUCUGGCAUACCUGGAGUCGUAGGUCCUCCUGGACCGGCCGGUGAGGCUGGACAGCCGGGAGAAGGCGGUCAACCGGGAAGCCAAGGCGCACCUGGUGAGCCCGGACCUCCCGGCGACAAGGGCAGUGAGGGACCACACGGGCCGCCAGGACCGCCCGGGAAAGAUGGACCCCCAGGUACCGGUGGUCUACCUGGGUUUCCUGGAGAUAGAGGACUUGAUGGAGCGACUGGGAUGCCAGGGUUGAAAGGGGAAAUGGGAAUCCCGGGUCCUCCGGGUCCAACAGGCGACAAAGGUGCUCAAGGGGAGCCGGGAAAAGACGGCACGAUCGGUCCAGAAGGACGUUCAGGGCCGAACGGUCCUCCCGGUCCUGUCGGACCGAAAGGCGAGAUGGGUGAACCUGGUAAUGCUGGACCUAUAGGGAGAGAUGGCUUACCCGGACAGCGUGGUUUACCAGGAGCACCAGGACCUAUAGGUGUGCCUGGUGAAGACGGUGAUAAAGGUGAACUUGGUUUACCAGGGGAAAAAGGUUUAAAAGGGUCACGAGGUGAAAUUGGUCCACCAGGCCCGCCUGGGUCGCAAGGGGUGAGAGGUGAACCAGGUCUGACAGGUCAACCCGGUGAAAAGGGACCUCCGGGUGAAAUUGGCAGACGGGGCACUAAAGGAGAAGAUGGACCAGUUGGCGUACCAGGCUCAGCAGGUCCUAUAGGGCUGCAGGGAUUGCCAGGUCCUCCAGGAUUGAAAGGUGAAAUGGGUGAUACUGGAGCAGUGGGGCUUGCUGGACCACCAGGUUCACCUGGAGAGCAAGGUCCAAGGGGAAUCAAGGGUGUCGAAGGAACUCAAGGACCUGUCGGGCCUGAAGGUCAAAUGGGUGCCAAGGGAGAUACUGGAAAUCCGGGACCACCAGGAACGCCAGGCACUGAAGGAAAACCUGGAAAUUUGGGUGCACCGGGACCGAAAGGAGAAGAUGGUAAAACCGGUCCUGCUGGAUCACCUGGUGAACGGGGAAUCCCUGGCCCAGAAGGUCCGAAAGGGAACCUUGGUCCUCCAGGAUUUCCCGGUCCACCCGGAGAAACUGGGCUUCCGGGUGGCAAAGGCGAGAGUGGCAAAGAUGGCGACGAUGGGCCUCCCGGUGAACCAGGACCUUCCGGUGAAAUUGGACCACCUGGAAAAGAAGGCGCUGCCGGCACUCCGGGAAAACCUGGUACAGAAGGUCCAGCAGGCUUACAAGGCCAUCCGGGUCUUCCCGGUGAACCAGGUGAUCCUGGUUCACUUGGUCCUAUUGGAAAUCCGGGGCCUCCGGGAAUACAAGGGCCGCCAGGUCCCAAGGGGUCGCAAGGACUGACUGGCCAGCCUGGUGUAUCCGGAGAAAAUGGCGCUCCAGGAAUGCCUGGUAGCGAAGGUGCCCCUGGUGCAGUUGGUCCUGCUGGUCCAAAAGGACAGCGUGGCGACCGUGGACGCAGAGGAAUGAAAGGUCAUCGUGGUGACAUCGGUCAUGUUGGUAUCAAGGGGGAUCAAGGGGAAAAAGGUGAGAAAGGCAUGAGAGGAGUUUUCGGACUGGAAGGGCCAAAAGGCAGCCCUGGCCCACAUGGUCCUGAAGGAGUGAAGGGUAACGACGGACCUCCGGGCCUACCGGGAAUGGAGGGACCACCAGGAAUGAAGGGAAUUAUGGGAAAUGACGGUAUGAAGGGCGAUGUGGGUCCACCGGGGCCACCAGGCCCUCCUGGUCCUCCGGCAGAGCAGCCAAUGAUUCCUCCAGAAUUACUGUUUACCCAUGAACAGUUGACCCGAAGGCGACGUAAAGUAGAAGAGGAAAGUUACGAAAAUGAGAAAAGCGACGAUUACGACGAAACAUCAAAAAUACCAGAAAACGAUGACGAAGAGCUGGGUCCUAAAUUCUUAGACAUGUACAGCUCAAUAUACUCCAUGAGACAAGAUUUGGACCGGAUGAAAAAGCCUAUCGGUAGUCGAGAAAAUCCAGGCAGAACGUGUAAAGAUCUUCAUUUUGGACAUCCCCAUUAUCGUGACGGAUGGUAUUGGAUAGACCCAAAUCUCGGGAUGCCCGAUGAUGCUGUUUACGUUUACUGCAAUAUGACAGCGUCCGGAGAAACGUGUGUUUUUCCUGACAUUCACAGUAGUCAAAUGCCAAACAUUCCAUGGAAAAAGGAAAAAGGAAAAAACGAGUGGUAUUCGAAACUCCGCGGUGGAUUCCGGAUCACCUAUGAAACUAUCGGCGUCGUACAAAUGACUUUCUUGAGGCUUCUGAGCGAGGAAGGAUAUCAGAAUUUCACCUACACCUGCACCAAUAGCGCAGCAUGGUCAGGCCCAUCCGGUCACGAUAAAAAUGUAUCGAUGAAGUUGCUUGGGUUUAAUGAGGCAGAAUUUUCGUAUAAUCGAACACGUCCCCAAGUUUUGAUCGAUGGAUGCAAGAGUCGAAAGGAUAAUAGUGAAACUGUCUUCCUCAUUAAGACGAACAAGCUCCAACAAUUGCCGCUCAUUGAUUUUUAUCCAGUUGAUUACGGGCUGCCUCAUCAAGCAUUCGGUUUUUCCACUGGUCCAUUUUGUUUGAAAUGACAAAUCCAGGGAUUUGAGAAAAUUGUUUUUCGGAAAACUUGACCUACUCUAGCUAAGUCAUGGAGUGAUUGUUGCGCUUGAAAUCGUUACCAAUAAUAUGUGCCAUGUAUAGUCGUUAAUCAUAUUAGUUUAGUUCCAGUCAUCGAUUUUUAUGACAUAACACUCAAAAAAAUGUAUUCAUAAGUUAUAUCAUUAAGACGUAAGAAGUGCAAAAAUCUUGUGUAUUAUUCACACAUUUUUAAUAACGCAAUGAUAGGCUUCACUUUUCAUUCAAUAUUGUUUUAUUUAUCCUAAACUUUUUUUGUACAGGCCACGAACAAUUUUUUGUAUAUUUUUCAUGUAAGCAGAAUAAAAAUUUUAUGGAAUUUUUUGGAGUA